UAACCUCUUUGUUAUUGCAAAUAUAUACUAUUUGGAAAGAUCAGAUAAUGUUGAUGUCAGUGUGUUGUAUUUCCCACUCAUAGCCUACUGUAAGGAAGGAUUGUCUGGGUCGUGAAAUUAAACUGUUUAUAUAGUUUAUUGCUCAUGGCAAUAUCUUGUUCAUACUUGAUUUUCAAUCAUUUUUCUUCUCUGUGAGCAGGGAAGUAUUAGUUACAUGAUCUCAAUAGAGGUGAGAGAUAUGAUUCUUGUGAGGAUAAUUUCCUUAGCAAUUUUCUUCUGUUUUACAUGGCUUUUGCUUGGUUUUCCAUGCCUAGCGUUGGCUUCAUUCAUGCAGUCACAUCAAACCACCAUGCUCACUGCUUCCAAUACUACACUGCCUGGAUGCCCGCGUAAGUGUGGAAACUUGACAAUUCCCUACCCUUUUGGCAUUGGCAGAGGCUGCGCUUUGGGAGAUAACUACGUUAUAGUUUGUGACAUCAAAAGGAAUUCCUCUGUGCCAAGACUUUUCAAUAGACAAGUUCUUGACAUAUCUGAGACCCAGUUGAUAACUACAGUUCGUCCUGUUGCGACUGCUUGCAACUCUGCAUUAGCAGGCUCAGGUGAAUUUGUCACCUUGAAUAAUCUUAAUCUUACAGCCAAACCCUAUGCUGUGUCAUCCACUUCCAACAAGUUUGUGGUCACUGGUUGCCAUCACUAUGGAUUUGUUGAGGCGCAAACCAUUGCUGGCAGGGAAGUCUUUAGCUGUGUUGCUUUGUGCAAUCGAAAAGCAGAUCUACUUGAUCAACUUUGCUCUGGCAUUGGCUGCUGCGAAGCUCCCAUUCCAAAGGGAUUACAGUUCUGGAAUACUACCCUUAAAAAGAUUGAUUACGUUACAAGGUUUUCAUCAGGGAAUUGCAGUUAUGCCUUCAUACUCAAAAAAUCAAGCUUCAACAUUCGGGGGUCCCCAGAUGCUGUAAGUCUUAAGUCUGUGCCUAUAGUGCUUGACUGGUUUAUUCCCAAUAAAUUGUGCAAGGAUGCUCAAAAGGAUUCAGCAACUUAUGCUUGCCAACAGAAUACAACUUGCAUUGAUCUUGAUAAGGUUCUGAGAGUUGUAGGGUAUCACUGUAAAUGUCUUCAAGGGUAUCAGGGUAAUCCUUAUCUUAGCAGAGGUUGUAAAGACAUUGAUGAGUGUGCAGGGCCAAAUACUCCAUGUUCUGGUACUUGUGUCAAUACUCCAGGAAGCUGUGAAUGUCACUGCCCAGCUGGAUAUUAUGGUGAUGGCAGGAAAGAUGGAACUGGUUGUCGUUCUAAUGGUUUGAAAUUGUUCAUCGGUCUAGGACUUGGCUUGGGUUUGGGAUCUAUACUUUUCUUUCUUAGUGGGUUUUGGAUAUUCAUCAUAGCUAGAAGAAGAAGGGAGAGAAUUCAAAGGGCUAAAUACUUUAAGCAAAAUGGUGGUUUGUUAUUGCAACAACAAAUGUCAUCCGAGGAUGGUUUGAUAGAAAAAACAAGAAUCUUCACCGCUGAUGAGCUGAAAAAGGCUACUGACGACUUCAAUGAAGACAGAGUGCUGGGUCAGGGAGGUCAAGGUACAGUUUAUAAAGGUAUGUUAACUGAUGGAAACAUUGUUGCCAUAAAGAAAUCCAAAGUAGAAGGGCAAGGCCAGUUGGGUCCAUUCAUUAACGAGGUGGUUAUUCUAUCCCAAAUCAACCAUAGAAAUAUAGUCAAGUUAUUAGGAUGUUGUUUGGAAACAGAAGUUCCUCUGCUUGUCUAUGAGUUUGUCCCAAAUGGGACUCUUUCCAAGUAUAUCCAUGAUCCGAGUGAAGACUUCCCAGUUGCAUGGGAAAUGCGCUUGCAUAUUGCUAUAGAUGUAGCGGGAGCUCUUUCUUACUUGCACUCCGCAUCCUCAAAGCCCAUCUUCCACAGAGAUAUCAAAACUUCUAAUAUACUUCUUGAUUCAAAAUAUAAAGCAAAGCUAUCAGAUUUUGGAACAUCAAGAUCUAUUGCUAUAGAUAAAACUCAUUUAACCACUUGUGUUCUAGGCACAUUUGGUUAUCUUGAUCCUGAAUACUUUCGAUCACACCAAUUCACUGAAAAGAGUGACGUUUACAGCUUUGGAGUAGUUCUUGUGGAGCUUUUGACAGGGCAAAAGGCAGUUCGCCCUGCUGACACUCCUGAGGGUCAAAGUCUGGUGUUGUGGUUUCUAUCAGCUAUGGAAAGUUUGAAAAUAUGUGAUAUAUUGGCACCUCAAGUUGUGAAAGAGGGUAGAAAAGAAAGCAUCCUAGCCACUGCCAAUCUUGCUAAGCAGUGUUUGAACAUGGAUGGGAAACAAAGGCCGACAAUGAGAGAAGUUGCGUUGCAGUUGGAGGUCAUCAGUCAACUGGAAGAUGUGCCUGCUACAUAUAGAAACAAUCUGCCAAAGACCAAUGAACCAAAUUCCAUAGAAAUCGAAGUGAGUGCAAGCGAAAGUUUAAUGCCUCCAUCUGCAUCUUACACAGAAGAAGAUCAGUCUUUAGACUCUUUACCUUCAAUUGGAUCCAUCUCUUCUUAUUUUCCACAAGCUUUGUUCAAAAAAUAUGGUAAUAACGUCACGUAGUUUGUUAUGAACCCUGAUAUUGUAAUGCAAAUACUGUUGCACUUUUGUCUCCAGCAGUUCCACUUGUUAAUUGUAAUGGGGAACCUACAUUCAGGCAGUGCUAUUCCGCAGCUAGUGGUAUUAAAGGCCUUGGUUGCCUAGGUGUGGUUUGGGCUUGUA